GAACAGCGAACAGCUGAGCCACCUGCUUCUAAAUGCUAAUAUUUCAAAUUGUGAAUAUUUCUAUACUUAUAGCUAAAUUAAAAACUUUUGAGCCUAAAACAUAAAUAAAUAAAUGAUUUCGUUUUUAUACUAUUAAAAAUGUUAAAAUUAUAUUCGUUUUGUAUGUUUUGCUGACUACAUCUUCGUAUAUUCUAUACAAGAUAUUGGUUCUUGAAAGUGAUAUUUUUAGUUUCCAUAUAAUGGCUGAUGAUGCAGAGCAACAGGUUGAGGAAAUUGAAGUACUGAAAUCUAUCUAUGAGGGUGAUGAGAAUUUCAAGCAAUGUGACCCAAAAACCUAUCAGUAUAAGUAUGUAGACGGGGAGAAGUCAUUUGUUCUAGAAAUAUCAUGGGGCCCGACAUACCCAACUGACAAACCUAAUGUGAACUUAGAAAUUUUCUACAAUCAGCAUUUACUACCAUCAGUUAAAGAAAAUAUAUUAUCUGUGGUGAACGCGGAGGCUGAGCAAUGGCUCGGCUGUGCAAUGACUUACACAUUAUUUGAAUGUCUCAAAGAGAAGGUUCCGGAAUUAUUGGCCGAACAAACUGAGGAGGUGGUUGUUUCAACUAGAGUUGAAAAGAUUGUCAUAGAUGAUAAUACUGAAACAUCAAAGAAGCCAGAGAAGAAAGAACACUUAACAAAAGCGCAAAAACGACGGGCGUGGGACAAAGCGGAGCUCGGCAGGGGUGGCGAGAAACCAAGAGGGUGGGACUGGGUGGAUAUUGUCAAACAUUUGUCGCAAGUACCCCACCAAGCCACCCCUACCUCAUGACAAUGACAGGGGUAGUCAAGUGGCUACCAAUAGCUGCCCGAGCAUAAUCUCAGCAUCAAUCUGCUAUUUCUCCAGCUUACGGAAGUUGGACUCCUUUUAAGGGAGUUUAAAUUGUAAGAUUGGCAACUCUGUAGAAAUGAGAUGGAUAUGAACUCAUGAUUAUACAUUUUUUAUUUUUAUUUAUAUUAAUUUUUUUUUUACAUAUAUUAUACAACUUAUUUUUACUUAUUCCUAGCCAAUUGUAGUAAUAUUUUUAACUUCUAGCGUAAUAUUAUAAAGUGAAGAGUAUUUUAUUUUUAUUUUUAUAUAAUAACAAGAGAAAAGCUGUUUUAAAUAUAUACAUACAUAC